AUGUUGGGAGCCACCAGAUGUGAGCGUAAGAGAGAUGCAGAUGUAACCAGCGGUCAGUCCGGCAUCCGGCCGUCGCAGCGCAUCUUGGACCCGCGCAAAGGACCCAUCAGGAAGACGGUGGGCGUGCGCUCCCUCCCGCGCCUCGACCAGGAAGCGCUCGAUUACUACGACGCCGCAGGACUCAGCAGGAAGGCGCGAUCCAGGUCUCGAGGACGAGCGAGGACCCGAGCCAAGUCCCUGGAGGCGAAGAAGGAGCCCAACAGGCUGAUGAGGGAGGACGAGCGGGCGAAGUCGUCGGGCGAAGUCGUCUCGCAGAGGUCGUCCUCGGGAGUCUUCGAGGAGUCGUCGUACGAGGCGAGCAACGAGGCCUCGACCAGCGCCUCCGUCGAGCUCGGGUCGGAGAAGUGAGCGAAGGGAGGAGAGAAGAGGAUAAGAGAAUAGAAGAGAGGGGAGGAGAAGUGAGCGAAGGGAGGAGAGAAGAGGAUAAGAGAAUAGAAGAGAGGGG